AGUGCGCACUUCAAAAUUUCCAAUCUCAGGGUAUAUUUUUAAACUUGAUUUUUAUUUAUUCACUCUUUCUCAUUCAUAGUAAGAUCAAAUCCUAGAGCUUUAUAUAAAAUGAUAGAGAAUCUUUUUCUGCAAAUAUGUUUGGUUAAACAUUCUGAACAUUUCUAAAACGUUGCAAAUGCAUGAUUCCAACUCCGCUUAAGUUGAACAUUGAAACUCCGUUUAAGUUGAACAUUGAAAUAUUGGAAAUUUAUUUGUCUUAAUUGAUCAAGGAACUUGGUUCUUCAUCUGUGAACAUUCAUUUGAAGGCAUUUGGAGAUUGGAAAAAAAAAAAACUGUAUUGUAUCUUUGCCGUGUUAGUUUAUCAAGUGAAUGGUUUGUUUGAAUUUCUUAAUGAUCCACUAUUAAGAAAUAAUGCUUUUGGUGGUUUUUGAAUUUGUGUUCAGUUUGGAAUUCUUUCGCAUCACAGCAUACGAAUUGGAAUUCCUUGGUCUCUGUCUGCCAAAUGGGACUUGGUCUCCAUUUUGUCUUUGUUUCUUCUAAUCCAUUAAACAUGAUUGAAUUUUCUACCAAGAAGUUGGGUUUUUAUAAGAGAUUUGAGUUUGAAAAUUGAGGUCCAAUUUUUCUUUAUGAAUUUGGGUGUUGUGCGGUUACUAGAGCAUGUGUAAUUGGAUGAAGGGACGCUCGAAUUGACAGUUUAUCUUCCAUGAACCGUGCUAAUGCUUUUGGCUGGGCUUAUGUUAGUAACUGGCACAAUACUUGGGAGCUCUUCUUUGUUUAUUAGAUUGGUCCUUUAAUUGGAGUAGUUUUGGCUGCUAGAGUCUUCAAUAUUUUGUUACCUCCACCAGAAACAAAGGAGAAGAAAGUCUGAAAGGAGUUUGAAUAUGUAAUUCAAUAGCAGAUAUAUGAAUCUUUAAUUUCUGUAUAUGAAUGCUAUCUUCUAUCAAAUCUGCAGUUUUGAUCUUUAAUUAAUUCAAAGCUGCAGAUAAGCUAUAGCUUCAGCAUCAAGAAAAUCGGAACUCACUUGGUACAUUUUCAUUUAUCACUGUUUUCGGCUCAGGGUUUUGAUUUGAUUGAAAACCCUUCUUUUUCUUUGGAGAAAAACGUUGUGGGUUUUAGUUUUCUUGGCUAUUGCUUAUGUAUGUGUGUGAAAGUUUGAAUCUUUGGUGGGUUUUGAUAGAGAUGAGCUCGAAUUUUGAUUGAGAUUGGAGAUGGAUGAGUUGCAUAACACUGUUAAUUGGAGUUGGCGCGCGUGUAAAUGAGAUGCUCUACCUAACUGAGCUAUAGCAGAUGUAGAAUUCAAAUUGUGUGAGAGUGCCAUUUUGAUCCUUGGCUAUGAAACGAGGCUACUCAGAAUCGUCCUCAAUCUCUGUUGGGCCUCCUCAAUCGAGAUUCAAAGCCAACCCAGAAGAGGAUUCAAAUUUCUUGGAAGAUGAGAGCACAAAGGUUUUUGCACGAAAAGUGGCCGAUCAUUAUAGUGCAAGAACAAAUCAAACUCUGGAAGAACGAGAAGCUAGUCCGAUCAUCCAUUUAAAAAAGCUUAACAACUGGAUUAAGAGUGUCUUAAUUCAGCUCUAUGCUCGCCGAGGAGAUGUUGUUCUUGAUCUUGCAUGUGGCAAGGGAGGUGAUCUCAUCAAAUGGGACAAGGCCAAAAUUGGGUACUAUGUUGGUAUUGAUAUUGCUGAAGGCUCUAUAGAAGAUUGUCGUACCCGUUACAAUGGUGAUGCUGAUCAUCAUCAACGCCGUAAAAAGUUUACAUUUCCUGCACGCCUUAUCUGUGGAGACUGCUAUGAGGUUCGACUGGAUAAAGCCCUAGCAGAUGAUGCACCCUUUGAUAUUUGCAGUUGCCAGUUUGCCUUGCAUUAUUCCUGGUCCACUGAAGCACGAGCACGGAGAGCCUUGGCUAAUGUUUCAGCCUUACUUCGCCCAGGCGGAACUUUCAUUGGAACAAUGCCAGACGCUAAUGUGAUUAUCAAAAAGCUGAGAGAAGCUGAAGGCUUAUUCUUUGGAAAUAGUGUCUACUGGAUACGAUUCGACGAAGAAUUUUCGAAAAAGAAAUUUAAGUCUUCAAGCCCCUUUGGUAUCAAGUACAAGUUUCAUCUUGAGGAUGCUGUUGAUUGCCCUGAAUGGAUCGUCCCUUUUCAUGUAUUCAAAUCAUUGGUAGAAGAGUAUGAUAUGGAGUUAAUUUUUGUGAAGAACUCUCAUGAAUUUGUGCACGAGUAUAUGAAAAGACCCGAGUACGUAGAGUUAAUGCGGAGGCUUGGUGCAUUAGGUGACGGUAACCAAGAUCAGAGUACACUAUCACAAGAUGAAUGGGAAGUAGCCUAUUUGUACUUGUCAUUUGUUUUGAGGAAGCGGGGCCAACCUGAUCGGACUCAACCAAAUGGUAGAAGAGAUAAAGGGAAGAUGCAUAUAUCAAAAGAGGACAUGUUGAACGUGGAACAUUAGUAUAUUGUACAACGAAUAUGUUUCAAAGUUGAAUAGUAGGGUAUUUGAACACUCACGUUCUUAAUAAUGAUUGAUUCAACAAUGAAUUUAUCUGCACAAGAAUGCCUCUCUGGUUCAGUUUGAUUCAUUGCAAUUCUUUGUACAUGCCGUAGUUGACUGAUUCAUUAAAGGAUAAGAAGAGGAGUCAGCUGUCUCUGCGAGUCACCUUCUUCUAGGCUUCGCUGAACAUGCUUUACACAUUAGUGACAAGUCCAGCACUGCAAGAGGGGACUUUGAUUGCGACAGGUUUGGGCAUUUUGUCAGAUACCAAAGAACUAUUUAGAUGCAAUAUGCAAUAGAAAAAACCAUGAGUAUUGGGUGUAAUUGUAAUCAUGAGCGUAUGGAAGUACGCAUCAGGAUUGUAUAUAAUAGAGGUGUUACAGGUUCCAUUCUGAAAUAUCACUGAAUGGAGAAAUUUUUUUUA